ACGCGCCCUCACGUGCUCGGGGGACGCCGCCUCUAGGGCUGGAGCCGGCUGGCACCAUGCUGCGGCGGUGCGCUCUGCGGGUGCUGGCGCGCUCCGGGGCGAGCCGCGGCUGUCGCCGCUACGGUUCGUGCUCGCCGAGCGGCCGUGGCGACGCCGGGGAAGCGCGGGCCUACUUCACCACGCCCAUUUUCUAUGUGAACGCCGCGCCGCACAUCGGGCACCUGUACUCGGCGCUGCUGGCCGACGCCCUGUGCCGCCACCGUCGUCUCGGUGGCCCCGGCUCUGCGUCCACGCGGUUCUCCACCGGCACGGACGAGCACGGCCUGAAGAUCCAGCAGGCGGCAGCCGCCGCGGGUCUGUCCCCGAUCGAGCUGUGCGAUCGAGUGUCUGCCCAGUUCCGGCAGCUUUUCCGGGAGGCUGGCAUCUCCUCCACCGACUUUAUCCGCACCACGGAGGCCCGGCACCGGGUGGCGGUGCAGCACUUCUGGGGGGUGCUGGAGGCCCGGGGUCUGCUUUACAAAGGGCUUUAUGAAGGAUGGUAUUGCGCCUCCGACGAGUGCUUCCUGCCCGAGGCCAAGGUCACUCGGCAGGUGGGUCCGUCCGGGGACCUGUGCCCUGUGUCUCUCGAGAGCGGGCAUCCUGUCUCUUGGACCAAGGAAGAAAACUACAUUUUCAGGCUUUCCCAGUUUCGAGAACCACUCCUGCGGUGGCUUCGAAACAAUCCUCAGGCGAUCACCCCGGAGCCGUUCCACCAGACAGUUCUUCAGUGGCUGCAGGAGGAGCUGCCCGAUUUGUCCGUUUCUCGAAGGAGUAGCCACCUGCACUGGGGCAUUCCGGUUCCCGGGGACGAUUCGCAGACUAUCUACGUGUGGCUGGAUGCCCUGGUUAACUACCUCACCGUAGUUGGCUACCCAGAUGCAGAUUUCCAGUCUUGGUGGCCAGCCACAUCUCAUAUCAUAGGUAAGGACAUUCUCAAAUUUCACGCCAUUUAUUGGCCCGCCCUUCUCCUAGGGGCCGGAUUGAGGCCACCACAUCGCAUCUGUGUCCACUCGCACUGGACGGUGAGUGGCCAAAAGAUGUCCAAGAGCGUGGGCAACGUGGUGGAUCCGAGGACUUGCCUUGAUCGCUACACUGUGGAUGGCUUCCGCUACUUUCUCCUUCGGCAGGGAGUUCCCAACUGGGACUGCGACUACUAUGAUGAAAAGGUGGUUAAAUUGCUGGACUCUGAGCUGGCAGAUGCCUUAGGAGGUCUUUUAAACCGGUGCACUGCCUACAGAAUAAAUCCUUCUGGGACUUACCCGUCUUUCUGCGCUGCCUGUUUCCCCAGUGAGCCAGGGUUAACGGGGCCCUCGGUUCGUGCGCAGGCGGAAGACUAUGCGCUUGUAAGUGCAGUGGGCACUUUGCCCAAGCAGGUGGCGGACUAUUAUGAUGACUUUCAGAUCUAUAAGGCUUUGGAGGCAGUGUCCAGCUGUGUUCGGCAAACUAAUGGUUUCAUCCAAAGGCAUACACCAUGGAAACUGACCAGCCCUGCGGAUGCCCUCUGGCUGGGUACUGUGCUUCAUGUAGCCUUGGAAUGUUUGCGAGUUUUUGGAACCUUGCUUCAGCCUGUUACUCCAAACUUAGCUGAUAAGCUGCUGUCAAGACUGGGGGUCUCUGCCACAGAGAGAGGCCUUAGAGAGCUCUACUUCCUACCUCGAUUCUAUGGACACCCAUGCCCCUUUGAAGGGAGAGAGUUGGGCCCAGACACUGGGCUUUUGUUUCCAAGACUGGACCAAUCCAGGACCUGGCUAGUGAAAGCCCACAGGACCUAGAAACUCACGCCUUACUGGUUGAUGAUAAAAGAGCAAAUGUAUUCCUUUUGCAUUUUCAGGAAAGUUAGUGUUUAGAAAGUGUUGUAUCGGGUACCAGGCACAACCCAGCCCUUUCAUUCCCCUGUGCCACUAACCACUAGUCAUUGUUCGCGAGUGUCUCUGAGAAGGGACCAAGUUUCUGAUAACUGUUCCUUCUCAUUGUACCUUCUCCCAAACCAUGGUCAGACUACCUCUGGUGGUUUCUACUCCUCAGGCUUAGCCCAGCCCCUCCUUCCGCAGAAACUAGGGCUUCAGUCAGUCCCUGGCCGGUUUCACAGGUCAGCUCUACUCUGUUAGACACAUGGGUCUCCAGUUGAAGAGGUUCAUUCUCAGUUUUUAAACGGCAGCACUUGUGCUUUGUAAUACGACACUUCCUCCAGUAGAUGGCUCUGCUCUCACAUUCAACUUAUGUGUGUGCUUUCAGAAGACAGAAUUAUUUUCAGCCGUCUAAUUUCACAGAUCUUUAGAAUCAUACUGUUUUUUCUAUUUUAAAAAUACAAAGAUACUAGAAUUCUCAUUACUAUUAUUACUAAAAUGGACAUGCGUAGUAAGUAAAUAUAACAGGUUAUUUAUAUGGUAAAACUAUAAAGCUCUUAGGUACACUGUGCAUUACAAAUACUAAAGUUUAGUAUGAUUAUAUGUAUAAUUCAUCUAUAAAGCCCUCAAAAGGGCAGUAUUCUCUUUAUAUUUAUUUCCCGACAUCCAUAAUUUACCUCAUAUGAUUACUUUUGGUCAAUCAGGAUAUAUAAUACAAUACGGAAAUUAUGUAAUAAUUAUAUUUAUGUCAAAGUAAUUUUUGUUGAUUACUUCUCUUUUUGAGACAUGGUUUCACUAUAUAGUUUAAGCUUGCCCCAAAUUCAUCCGUCUCCUGCUGCGCCUUCCAGGUGCUGGUGUUAUAGAUGUACCACCAUGCCUGUCCUUUUAACCUCCUAUUAAAGUUUGAUUGUAAGUACCUUA